CCUCAAAGAAGUAGGAGAGCCCCCAGCUGCCUGGCCUGGAGCUCUAAGGAUGGACCCCAUUGCGCCUGCUUGCACCACCCCUGUGCCAGCAUUGUCUUUAUCCCUAGCUCCAGCAGCGUCAGCCCAAGCCUCCCAGACACUCCCUGGCCCAUUAGGGCCUUCAGUCUUUUUGGCCUCUGGACAAGUACAUGAGAGUGCAAGAGGGCUCUGCCCAUGGAGACCCUGGCUGGCCUCCACCAGCGAACCGGCAAAGCAGGUGAGGACGCCACUGCAGCGGGCUGCUGAUGGGGCACCAGCCGCUGAGGUCACCAAGGCUGAAUCUGGGUUCCAUCACCCAGUCAGGCUCUACUGGCCUAAAUCUCGCUCCUUUGACUACCUGUACAGUGUAGGGGAGAUUUUACUGAACAACUUCCCUGUCCAGGCCACCAUCAACCUGUAUGAGGACUCAGACAGUCAAGAGGAAGAGGAGGAAGCGGAGGAGGAGGAAGAGGAAGAUGACAAAGAAGAAGAGACAGAAAAGGCCCAUGAAAAGGGGCAGGAAGGGUGUGGGAAGGUACCCGGGUCCUCACCACCUAGAGCCAUGGCUCAUCUUGCUUCCCCUGCCGCUGACCUGUCCAAAGUGAUACACCUUGCCAGUGAGAGUCUGAUCAGGAGUUGGGAUGCCUGGCCAGGUUCCCUGGGCCCCAAGGAAUGA